AGCAAACGUAUGAUAAGUGUAUUUCACGUCAUCACCGGUGAAAUGUAAACAAAAUGAAAAAUAUUUCAUAUUAGAUUUUCAAAUAUUUAGAAGUUAUAAGCAUACGUAGAAGAAUGUCGGAAAAGAAGAUUUUAUCAACUGUUUCAAAAACAUUGAUCAAAAAUGUCAUCAGACACACAGAUUCCCACAAUAAGGUUGUUGAGGAGUCUGAAAUGUGGAGACAAAGGGAAAAGGAACUCGGAAGGAAAGAAUCUCCUGGUAGCAGUUAUUCAUUCCUGAAAGAUCGUGGUGUAGAUAUGAGAUAUGAGUUUCCAACAUCAAGAGAUAGGAGAGCUCAUAUGGAUGAAGAACCAAGAAGUACAUACUGGAUGAAAGAAUUAUAUAAGGCAGAAGAGGCUGAUAACAAUAGAUGGGGUCACAGUGGAUAUAAGGAAAUGUACCCAGAACAUUUCUCUAGAAGUAACAGCAGUUCCAGCUCUGAGGAUAGACGGAAAGAUGAAAAACAUAGGGACAGGCAUAGGAAAAGUAAAAAAGUAAAAAGAAAGAAAAGCAGAAAAAGAGAACAUAGUGAGAGUGACACUGACUCUGAGUCUGAGGAUGAAAGAGAUAGAAAGAAAAGAAAAAAGAAGCAUAAAAGUAAGGAGAAAAAGAAGAAAAGAAAACACAAGAAACGAAGACACAGGGAUGAUAGCGAUAGUUGAUGAUAAUUUAAUUUUAGUUGUAAAAUAAUUUCAUGUUUUAAGCCUUAGCCUUCUGGCAACAACUGAUUCUACUAACCAAGAUCAGUUUGCAGCACAUUUUUGGUGUCUGUUCAUUGUCUGCAUUGUUUGCCAUACAUUUGUUAUUUAUUUUUAAAUUUUCCCUAAAAUAAAAAAUAGUUAUGUCCAGAUUGAAAACUGGACAAGUCCAUUAAUUUUAAGAUAUUUAGCAGGGUAAGGAUUAAAAAGAGUAUAAAGCUUAAUCUGGCAAAACAAAGUUUACAUUUUUCAGAAACUUUACGAUCACAUAGUUUUCAUGUUCUGGUGAUCAUACUUGGAGAAUGGUUUGAGAAAAAAAAAUGCAUUCACAUAUACAAGAAUCAUGCAAGAAAGCAGACUAAAAAGUUGGCUUACAGAAUAUUCAGCUGUUAUUUUUUUAGUAGGUCUAGCAACGAAUUCACAUAUGAACCACAUGUUUUAUUGGAAAUUCACACAUUUCAAUUGUGUUUACAGGGUCUUUCUAUUUGGAAGACUCUGGUCUUAGGUUGCUUCAGUAUUAUUUUUAUCAAGAGACAAAGAAAUAUUCUAUAUUUUACAAACAUCCCAAUAAAUGUUUAUACCCUUUAAGAAAUGUGUUAAUUUAUUGCCUGUAUUAUAUAGAGGAAAUUUUUUUUAGUUCAGUGUAAGAUCAGAAUAUAUUUCAUCGAGUGAGCACCGAGUGGUGCAGGCACACGUGAAAUAUGAACUUUUUGUGGUCACAAGGUGAAUAUAUUUCAAUCUUACAUGAAACUAAACAAAUUUUCUUUUUAUUAUAUGCAAAGAAAUGUUUAAAGAGAAAUUUUAACCUAGUACUAAAUAAAAAUCACGCCAAAUAAUAAUACAACGUGACAUCAUUUAUGACAUCAAAUCAUUAAGUUGGUUUCCAGUAAUAUGCACACUGGUUUCACUGAAGCAAGGUAACAGGCUUAAAUCCAAAACAGUGAAAAAUAUAUAAUUGAUAAUUUCACUGUUUCAAACAGUGAAAUAUUAGUUUUGUAUUUCACUCAUAUAUUUCUAAAAACCAUCGAAAAGCAUGUAAUAAAAACAGUGUCUUGCAUUUGUUUAUCUGUACUCAGUUACAUGUGAUACUCAUUAUUUUUGCCAAAGGCAAAGGAGGAGCAAACUGCAUUUUGAAAUAAAAUUUUGCAAUUAGUUCAGACACUAAUUGAAAGAGAAAAAAGUUCAGAAAAUGUAAAUGAUAGUUUAAAUAUUGACAGGCAAAUUUUAUUUGUACACGGAAGAAGGCCAUGUGAGAUGCUCAUGGAUGGUCAGAUGAUAAAUUUUGGUACAUAAUGGUGCAGGAAAUAUUAAUGGUUAAGAGGGUGGGAUUUUCCUUCAGCCAGUAUUGCUAGGCAGAAAGUAUACUUUGUCAAUGCCUAUGAUUUCAAGUUUUUGUAAACCUGAUUUUACUGAUUUAUUGUAAAGACUUGCCAUAAUGUUUAAAGCAUAUUUAGGUUUAAAUAAGCAAGUAGGUACAACAUACUGUUUCUACAUUGUCAUCUGUAGGACAAUAUAACACUGAUCUUGUUAUACUUAUACAGAGAUCGUUCAUAAGUUUUAUAUAUCUAAAUUGUCUUUGAAUUUGUCAUGUGUACAAAGAUCUUUCAUAUUUUUUUAUGUUGAAAUUGUCUUUGAAUUUGUCAAAUUAGUUUACUUAACCAUUAAUUGUAAAAAGAAAUACUUCAAGUUUAUUUUGUUUUAUUGAGAAAAUUUUAAAUCUUAUUUUUAUUCAUAUGAAAUAUGAUAAACAAGAUCAUUAUCUUUGAAGUUUAGCAAAGUUAGGUCUUUUUUAGCUCGACUAUUCGAUAAGAAUAAGUAGAGCUAUUGUAGUCACCCGAGCGUCGGCGUCUGCGUCGGCGUAACCACUUUUGUUAAAGUUUUUGUAAUAGUUCAAAUAUUUUCAAAGUCCAUUGACAUAUGGCUUUGAAGCUUUGCACACUUGUUCACCAUCAUUACCCCAACCUGUAAACAGGAGGAGGUAACUGUAUCAAGCAUUUUGACAGAAUUAUGCCCCUUUUUCGACUUAGAAUUUACGUUAAAGUUUUUGUAAUAGUUCAAAUAUUUUCAAAGUCCAUUGACAUAUGGCUUUGAAACUUUGCACACUUGUUCACCAUCAUUACCUAAACCUGUAAAAAGGAGGAGGUAACUGUAUCAAGCAUUUUGACAGAAUUAUGCCCCUUUUUCGACUUAGAAUUUACGUUAAAGUUUUUGUAAUAGUUCAAAUAUUUUCAAAGUCCAUUGACAUAUGGCUUUGAAGCUUUGCACACUUGUUCACCAUCAUUACCCCAACCUGUAAACAGGAGGAGGUAACUGUAUCAAGCAUUUUGACAGAAUUAUGCCCCUUUUUCGACUUAGAAUUUACGUUAAAGUUUUUGUAAUAGUUCAAAUAUUUUCAAAGUCCAUUGACAUAUGGCUUUGAAACUUUGCACACUUGUUCACCAUCAUUACCCCAACCUGUAAACAGGAGGAGGUAAUUGUAUCAAGCAUUUUUUUUUACUAUCAAGCACUAAGAAUAGUCGAGCGUUGCUGUCCUACCGACAGCUCUUGUUUGAGCCAAGGAAAUAUUCAGGCAAGGAAAUAUUCCAAAAAUAGGAAAUAAUGAUUGGCUGUGUUUUUAUGCUUCACAUUUGAUUAUACACAAUGUAGGUAAAACCACAACCAUAUUAUUGAUUUAGAUAAAGCAUCGGAAUGGCUUAUUUUGAUGAAGUGGUAGAAGUAUUAUUUUAUUUGCUGUCUUAUGUGAUAAGAUAACCUUGCUUGUACAGAUUUAAAAAAUUUAAUAAUUGUUAUGUCCCCUUCUUUUACUAAUUGAAAUGCUAUUGUUUGUAUAAUCAAUUUCAUUUACGUUUACAUUUACAAUUUAUGUUUUAAUAUAUUGUAAAUGAUUAUACUUAGUAUAGUAAAGAAUUUUAUCUCAACAUAUUUUCAAUAAUUGAUCUAUGUCUUAAUGAAUUGAAUAUUUGUAUUUUCUAGAACCAAAUAAGGCAAACUGUCUGCAAUUUAUGGUAAACAUUAUUACAGAUUUUUUUAGUUUCACCUUCGUUGUUAUUGUAAUAUUGUAACAUAAUAUUUUAGACACUUUUGUGUUUUGUGUUUAUUAAAUGACUCAACUAAGAUCAUAUGCUUAUGUUCCAAUUUUCACUUAAAAUGAACAUCUCUGUUUAAGAAUGGUCUCUGUUCAUUGACUUCAAAUCACAUCAUCCCACCACUGUACCACUGUAGGUUCCAGUCCUGAAAGAGAUUUUGAAUUCUUUCAUGGGAGGAUGUUAUUCAGUUAGAUUAUGAAACAAUAGUGGCUCAACUCAUAUGCCUGUUUACGCUUGAAACAAUGCAAAGGGGCAUACUGGUCUUUCACUACCAGCUGAAUAUACUUUAUAACCUUAAUAGUACUGAUGUGUUUUAAAAGAAAGGGAAAAGAAAGAAAACCAAAUGAUGGAAUGUCUGAAUAUGUAUUUCCCACCUCUUUAAUACUUAAACGGUUUUAUUUUUAGAAUAAAACAUUUGAUUAAAAAAAAAUAUUUUUCUAUUUUUCUUGUCUUAUUGUGAAAUUAGAACUUCUCUUUAAAAUAAUCUUUGAUCAAAUUAAUUUUAUCAAAAUUCAUCUGAUUUUCAGAGAAGCAUGAUAAAGUUUGUUUUUGUUUUGUCUUUCAGGACAGUCUUACAUAAUAACAUGAUAGUUGAAUAUCAUUAAAUGAUAAAAGGGAUGAGUUGCUGGAAUUUUAGAUUAUAUUUUUAAAUAUGAUUGAUAUAUGGCAGUUUGUUUUUUUGUAUAAAUUGCAGAUAUCCUAUUAUUGUUGAUGAAUAUGACAGCUUUACAAAGCUUUUAAGAUUUUAGUAAAAAUGCAUUUUCUAAAUGUGAAAUAAUACCACCAACUUUAUUACAUGUAGAUUUAUUAUAAUUUUUUUUACUUAAUUUAUUUAUUGGUGAAAUUUCAAGUUUCUAUAAAUGUAUUUACCAACUUUCUACUUCAGGUAAUGAAAUAUAAGAUUUUUCUUUAAUUUCUCUCCAUAUUCUUUGGGUCGGAUUUUGAACUAAAUUUCCUGGCAUUAGAUGAUAUUAACCAAAACAUUUGUACUGAAAGCUUGAAGGCCAAAGUUAAAACGGACGGCCAAGGGUUAAACUUAAAAAAAAAUCAUUAUUUGAAAGAAAGGUCAAGGGCACACAUUGUAUGUUAAAGUGACAUUAUGCUCAUAUUUUCAUAGUCAAGUUGAGCUGUAUUGACUUUUUAUAUCCAAAGAUUGACUGUUAAAAUGGUGUUUGACCAACACUUUAUUUUGGAAAAUGUUUAGGAUAAAAUAUAAAAUCUGUCUAAAAUAUAAAAAGAUUGUCCCACUCUUUUAUAAACUUAACAUUUCAGGUAAGUUCUAAUUGAUAUUUACAGAAAUUCCGUUUCAAUCUGGGAGUUAUCUAUUGUUUAUGUGAAAUAAAUUAUUAAAAUAAAUGGAAUUCUGGCAAUAUAAAAACUUAUUUUGACUUUCACCUGGAAGAUAUUUAUUGGUAGUACAUGUGAUUACCAUACAGGGCUAGGGCAUUUAAAUAUGACAGAUACAGGGAUUUUAUGUUGUGUUUUACAAAAUGAUGUAAAAUUGUGUUUAAUAAGGCAAAGUUAAGUUAUGUGUAAUAAAAAAGCAAAAAUAAAAGUUGAUAACUUC